UUAAACACACCCAAACGCAGACUGCAAUUUAUGUGGAAUAAUGCGCAUGUCUCCCUUCCCCAGGUUCGUCAUCUGAGCAGUCACAAGAUCUGAUCAUUCUCACAAUGCAGGCCCUGCAGAUCGGCGCCAUGAUUUGCAGUUUCAUCAGUCUUCUGCUCUUCCUCAUUGCCCUGGGAUCAGACCACUGGGUAGCAGAUAGCAAUAGAACCAUUGGCCUCUGGAAAUUUUGUGUUUAUUAUGGAGUCAAUUCUGGUUGUAGGUCACUUGGGACGGAUGUGAAUAAUUUUGUCCAUAGUACCAGAGUCUUCAUGCUGCUUGGGAUGACUGCUGGGGCCAUCUCUUGCCUUGGUCUUUGUGGCAAAUAUUUUGACUUCCAGUUUGGCUUCAUCUCCAGGGCCAAGACCUCAGCUAUAGCCAGCAUUCUUGCAGCUGUUUGUGUCCUGAUUGCCAUGGCCAGCUACACAGAGCAUGUGGGAUCACUGGCCAGUUACGGAUGGUCUUUUGGCUUGGGCUGGGCCUCCUUUCCUCUCUUCCUUAUAACUGGUGGGCUGGCUUUUCGCCUGAAUGCUGUGCAAGGGAUCAGGUUUGAUGGCGUUUCUAAGGCACAGAAGCUACAGACGUUUCUAGUGUGCUUAUAUAAUUAAACAGAAGUUUCUAGGGUGUUCUGUGCGUGAGGAAAGUUAUCAAGGGAACAGAGAGAUGCUGCUGGGACAAUCUCAGUGUGUUAUCUCUUACCCAAAGACAAAGUGCUUUCAGGGAUGUCCGAAAGGAGUCUUGUGUUAUUCUACUCUUUCCUGUUCUUUUCCUCUCAUUCUGUGCUGAUUUUUACUUGCUAAGUGUACAUAGACGUUUAAGUUUCAUUUUUUCAGUUAAAUUGUGCAGCAACCGGAUUUUUGAGAGAAUUUUACCUUCCAGGGAGCUGGAAUUGUACCACCAAGUUCAUGUUAUGCCUUUAGUAAACCUUUACUAAUAGAGUUUACUGAGGUUGUUGUUGUUUUGAAUUACACACCAUCUUGCAAGCUAUUCUACUCUGCUACCAACCAAGCAGGUGUGGCUGGGGUCAUUUGAGCACAAACCCUGACAUACUGACAUGCAUUCUACUAAUAUUUAUCCAGAGCACAUUCCAAUGUAUACUUAGCAGAGUAAAAACUUAAACACAUUGCAGGAUUGCCAAUAAAGAGACCAGAGGCAAUUAAGAUUUCAUCCAGCAGAGCUUUACUGCUACAGAAGGCAAAUGAGCAUAAUGGUCACAAAUCCAAUACAUUCAGGAUUGGCACUGUCCAUAAGAAAUCCAGUUGCAGCAGACUUAAUUUAAACUUACAAUAACUUAUAAUAAAACUAUAACUGUAACACUAAGCAUACUAUAUACAGAACACUACACCA